CGUGACGGGUUUUGGGGCUUUACGACAUAUUCACCAAUAAAACCGGCCAGAGCUGUCGCAUUGAUCGGCUGGAAGGCAAACAGGCAAGCUUUCUCCAGUGUGUCGUUGCUGUGGGAACGGACGACAAGCAGAGAACCGCCUGAAGAGACUCACUGCAUAAGCAAGGAAGGCUAGGCAAUUGACACUCGAAUAAAUGCCAUGAUCACCGCGCAACAAGAGCACAAAAGCCGCUGGCGCGGCCGCUACUGGCGACGAGUAGAACUCGAAUUCGUCGAAGGUGGAGCAGUAAAACUAGACGGCGGCAGCCCAAAGGCGCUGGUGCGAAUAAAUGAUGAAGGCUCUGAUGUCGUGCGCGUCGAGAUCGCAGACGUCGCAGCCUACGAGGCCGCGCGACGAGCAUGCGUGCUGCCAAAGACCGAGACGCUGCGGCUGCGCGGCGCGGGGCUUUUCGAAGCGCUCGACGCGCACCGGCGGCGCCGGUCGACUGCGGUGCCGCCGCCCGAGCCGCCCGAGCCGCCCGCUCCGCGACCUCCGCCAGAAGAGUCCGGACCGCGGCUGCCACCGGCGCCCGGGACGGAUGCCACGGACGCCGCGCCGACCGUCGGCGCCCUCGAGGCGCGGCUCACAAAGCUCCAAAGGUCGGACCUCGAGCGGCGCCUCGCGGCGCUUAAUCCGUCGGCGGCGGGCGCAGCGCCGCCGGUCGAGGCCCUCCGCGAAAGACUCGCAGCUCUACGCGACGGCGACGCGACGGGUCCUGCGUUCGUUGACCGGCCAAAGGGCUUUUUGGACGCUGCCUCUGACGACGAGGACGAGGAUGCAAUAGUCGCGCGCGCGAGAGAGGCGGCGCGCCUCGACGGCCGCGUCUGUUCCGACGACGGCCUGCUCGAGUGCCUGGCUGGUCUCGACGACGACGAACCGGGCCCUGCGGUGACCGCGGACGACGACGUCGAGGCGCUCCUCCGCGAGGCGCGUCAACUCGGCGCCACCGCGCAAGCAGACCUCGCCGGUGCCGAAUCAAAACGCGACGACGUUGCGGACCUCCUGAGCCGAGCCGGCGACCUCGUGGCCCGCGCCGCGCGGGACCGCGGCGAUAGCGUCGAGCCGUCGAAUGGCGUGCCCGACUACGACGACGACUCGGCCAACGACGAGCCGACGGGUUCCGAGUCGGACGACGAGGACGAUAGAUGACUGCGAGGUGCGCGCGACGCCCCAAUCAAGAAACCCCGACUUGUCUUGUGCCUGCCAGUGUAACAAUAACUUUAACUACGUGGUUCUGUCGCCUUGAGGAGCCGGGGGCGCGGCCCGCGGCACUGGUGGGCCAGGGCUGCACUGGGCGGAGACCGUGACUGCCAAGCGGCGAGAUAUAGUCCUAUUUCGGGAGACCUGGG